CCGGCGAACGAAAACAAAACGCAAAGGCGUCCGAGUGCGAGAGGCUAGGACUGGCUGCAAUCGGCUUGCAAGGAACCAUUGUCCGAGGAAGGCUGUGCUGUGCGUGAGUGUUGUUUUUCAUGCCCAUUUUCACAGACCGCUGCAGAGGCGAAGGAGACGUUAUCGCGCGCCCGAAGCAGCAUCAAAUCGCCCCACGCCGUGGUCAAGUUUAUAAAUAAAACACACAAACCUCCCAUGCCGAGCGAAAGCGUCAACUCGACGCUGCUCGGGACUGGCGGGGCACUUGUCCCGAAUGCCUGGCCCCUCCCUGGGCGGCUUCGCGCCGUGUGCACGCGUGACGGUCGUGACGCCCGUCGGUACAGAUGAACCGGCCGCUUUCGCGGAGUUUAUUGAAGCAGCCGCAAUCGUGUGCUCGGCGUGGACGUAGCGGCGUGCCGUUCUAAAUUUAAACCCGGGGCUUUCCUCGGCCCCUUGGGGGUCGCUUCAUACUUCAAGCGUACGCGCUUGAGUUGAGCGCCCGAACCGGCCCCGGGAAGCCCCCGACGAUUGCCGGGAGAAUGAGAAAGAGAGAGAGAGAGAUGCGUUGCGAGAGAUACGGAAAUAGUUUUUCCCCGCCUUCAGCGCACCCGGAAAACUAAGGCCCGUUUCGCAGCGAUCUCUUGCUGAGAAUAGUUUCUUGGUGAGAAGCAAGAGAAAGACAGUCGAGAGAUUAUUGGUAUGGGAGGAACCCGUUUGGCUGCAUUGUACGCACAUUUAGCCACAAUCUGUUUUCCCCAAUCGCUACCUCCUGUGAGGCCAUCUCUCUCUCUCUCACACACACACGCACACCUGUUCGGGUUUGGCAUGAUCGGUUUGCGCAAGCCCGGCCGGCUCGCAGCCGGCGUAAGCUGGCGAGCGAGACCCUGGCAUGCCCGGGGGCCUUUUUCGUGUCGCUUAGCUCGAGCCGUACAGUCGUGCCGUGUUCGUUCCGGUCCGUGUGUGCACACGCAGCUUUCUAUAGCCCGUCCUGUCCGUCCGUUUUGGUGCGGAAUCAAGUGCUGCUCUUGAAUCGCGCGCGUGUGUGUGCUGUGUGUGAAGUAAGAUCAAUCCACGCGCCCCAACCAUGGAUCCGGAGGCGUUCCUAGACAUCGCCAACCAGGUGAUCAAGCUGAAGAUGUUCCCGUACUUUGACAUCGCGCACAGCCUGCUGUGCGCACUGUCGGUGAAGGAGGAUCUGGGCGCGGGCGCACACACCUUCUCCCGGAAGCACCCGCUCGCCUGCUGGCUGUCGACGAUGCUGGUCGUCUUUGCCGGCGGCAUGGUCGCGAACGGGCUGCUCGGCGAGCCGAUCCUGGCGCCGCUCAAGAACACGCCCCAGCUGCUGGUCGCGACCGCCUGCUGGUACAUCGUCUUCUACACGCCGUUCGACAUCGGCUACAAGGUGGCCAAGUUCCUGCCGAUCAAGCUGGUGGCCAGCGCGAUGAAGGAAAUCUACCGCGCAAAGAAGAUCCACGACGGGGUGACGCACGCCGCCAAGCUGUACCCGAACGCCUUCAUCAUCAUGAUCAUCAUCGGUACGCUCAAGGGCAACGGUGCCGGUUUUACCAAGCUGAUCGAGCGCCUGAUCCGCGGUGUCUGGACCCCGACGGCGAUGGAGUUCCUGCAGCCAAGCUUCUACACCAAGGCGUCCCUGAUCGCGUCGAUCAUCUUCGUGCUGGACAAGAAGACGGAUCUGAUCUCGGCCCCGCACGCCCUCGUCUACUUCGGCAUCGUCAUCUUCCUGGUGUACUUCAAGCUGUCGUCGAUCCUGCUCGGCAUCCACGAUCCGUUCGUGCCGUUCGAGAACCUGAGCUGCGCGCUGCUGUUCGGCGGCAUCUGGGACAGCCUGGCCAAGAUUCUGGGCCGCGGCCAGGCCAAGGAGGAGCCGAAGGAUGCGAAAAAGUCCAACUAAAGCCGGACACACUGCGCACGGAGUUUAGGAUUUUAUUUUUCUAAUACUUAGAAUUGCGUGUGUGUGUGUGUGGGUGCGCGUAUAUAUUUUUUUUUUACUUUUCUUUUGCGCUCCCCUUUUGAUCGGUUACACACACAAGCGCGCGCGUAUGUGUGUGGUAUUGUGUACGCGCCCCGAGCAGCUAUGCCAUUCUAAAUUUAAGCGCCGAUGAAAAAAAAAACAAACGAACCGGUCAAGGCUUUUUGGUUUGGAGGCAAACAUUUUUAGUUUCAUCCGUACUUUCACUUCCUUCAGGUUUGAUUUGACACACGCUUGCCAUACGGUGUGGUGUGGUUCCAUCCAAAAUCAAGACACACACACACACACUCACACCAUCGUAGAACGAAACCAAAGCCAAAAGGGUGUAAACACGUGUCCUGGGAGCAGGCACGUGUAGGGUCAUUAUUAUUUAGAAUGUUUUUUUUUUAUUAUUAUUUUACGCGGUUUGAUGUGGCCUAUUUUUUAUUUAUUUUUUCUAGUCCAGCUAAAAGAGAGAAGGCUUAAGUAGUGUAGCAUUAUUAUGUUUAUGUUACAGGUAGCUAGUUUUAUAUUAUUUGUGACCUUUUUUGUGUGUGUUAACUAUCUGGAUAGAGCAUAGAAGAAGCGCAAACAGCGAGCGAACAAAAACACACACACACACACACUUGCGGAUGAAACGUGGCAGGAAAAUGGGGAAGGGAAAGGAAAAGCACACCCCCAUAGCAGUGGGUGGUAUGGGGGGUAGUCCUUUUUCAGCAGCGUUUUCCCCGGAUAUUUCCUGUUAGACGCCAUAUUAGACAGUACACACAGAGAGAGACACACACACACAUGUACGCCGAACUUGAAAAGACUUAACUAUUACUAGACGAGGACGCCAGGGAUAUUCCUGCACAGAUGGGCACAGUUGGCAGGGCAGAACAGGAGACGAGACGCUCACCACAGAAUGAUACCCACCGUGCGCGGUCGGAUGUGGCCGGUGGACCGGGUGCCCGUCCCGGCUUUUCUUUUCGCCCACCCCACCCCUCCCCGUAACGAACCGAAAAGAGUAUAAUAUUCGAAGGCAUAAUACAACCAUAUUAUAGCGUUGCUAGCUUGUAACCGGCAGCCCGCUGCCGAGGUGUGGCGGGCGACGAUGCGACAACUUUUGAAGAGCAAUAAAGUAAAACACGCUGUGAUUCCAGGCAAGAUUUAACCAAAAAAAAAAGAAGCAUUCGGUAGAUUAAGUUUUGUAACAAAAAAAAUAACUGCAAACCCGGAAAAAACGCGUGUGUGAAAACAACCUUCCCCGCGCGCUGUAAAAAUAGAGCGGUGGCAGCAGUUUGUCGUGAGAACAGGGUGCGGUUAAAAAUAGAUAUAUGGCAAAAAGUGGUGUGGUAUGCGAAACGAAUGUAUCGCUAUCAUUAAACUGAGAGCUGCCCGUCAGGCAGCAGCAGCACCGUCAGGUGAGGAAAGAUCAGUUAUGAUGAAGCGUUGGUUCCAAUUAAUGAAGCAUUGGUUGAGAUCAUUUUUUUAAUCGCUUCUAACUAGUGUUGGGUAAAACUGAUUCAGAUUCAUGAACCUGAAUGAACCUUUGAAGUGAUUCACGAUUCUUUGCAACCGAGAUUCUUAUUCAUUGAAUUACCAAAGAUCCAUGAAUCUCGAAAGACUCAUGAAUUUCAAAAAAUUCAUCUAUCUCGAAAGAUCGACGAAUCUCUAAUGAUUCAUACAUCUCCAAAGUUUCUUAUAGCUUGAGUUUCUCAUUAUUCUUCUUCUUAGCCUAACAACCUACGUGAUUAUACCAGCAUAUACAGGCUUUCGAGAGUGAUUGGAAAGUAUUACGCAGCCGGAUAGUUUUUUUUUUUGCUACGGAAAGAAGUAUCACGGGCAUGUUAUUAAGUCGUGCGAGUUAACCAAUGUACCAUAGGAUCGAGCAAUUUAAAUGUUUUGAAAGUUAUACAU